AGAGAAGAGAACAACCGAAGCGUCCGGGGCAAUAUAAGUCAGUCCCAGGCUGGCUCAAAGUCAGCCAGCCAGCCCAGCACGCGCAAACAUACUAAUAAAUCGCAAUUGUGAUUAUUAUUAAUCGAUUCCAUUCCAGGUCGACGCCUGUCCUUCCAAAACCCUUCCUCUCCUUCUCCGCCUCCGCCUCCGCCACCUCUCGCUUCUCUUUCCCUCUUUUCUUGCGCCGCUAUGUCAGUGCUCAGCCGGCUCGGCCUCCGACUCACAGCCCAGCUCUCCUCUUCUUUGCGCCUGCGAGGCUUCGGAUCAGCCGCCGGGGCUCAGCUUGAUUACGAUUGCUACUACGACGAGGAGGAGGAGGAGAAUGAAUCACGGCGGAUGGUAAUGGCGGAAUACAACGGAUGGGAAGCCGUGGGGAGGGGUAUACAGUGGGUCAUCAUGGGCGAUCCAACGGUCAGGCGACAUAUCUACGCCCACCGCCUCGCCAAUCUUCUAGGCGUCCCUCACAUUUCCAUGGGCUCUCUCCUUAGACAAGAACUCGACCCGCGUUCUCCUCUCUAUAAACAGAUCGCUGGUGCAGUGAACCAGGGCAAGUUAGUGCCCGAGGAUGUGAUAUUUGGGCUCUUAUCAAAGAGAUUGGAGGAAGGAUACCGCCAAGGUGAAACUGGGUUCAUUCUGGAUGGAGUUCCUCGUUCAAGGAUGCAGGCUGAGAUACUGGACCAAAUAACUGAGAUAGACCUGGUGCUGAAUCUCAAGCGCACAGAGGAGCCUCUGUCCAACAAGAACACUGCAGGCAAUGCAGUAUGUUCUCGAGAAAUCCAUCCAGGAUUUAACUUCAGCGUCCAGCCUCAUCAGACAGGUCGGUUUCAAAUACCAAGCACCAACCCAGAUGCCAUCUGUGAGGAGAAACUUCGCUUUUAUGUCGAACAGAGGAAACCUCUUGAAGAAUAUUACAGACAACAGAAGAAGCUGCUCGACGUCCAAGUGAGUGGUGGAUCAGGUGAUGCCUGGCAAGGUCUUUUGGCAGCAUUGCAUCUGCAGCACAUCUCAUCGCACAAGCUGACAGCGUAACAAUAUAAUGUGGUAAGAAUUAGAGAGAGAGAGAGAGAGAGAAUCUUUUAUCUUUUAUUUCAUUUUUUUUUCUUAUGAAUUUUGGCAUCCAGUUUUGUAUUAGAGAGAGAUACGAGGUUGUGUAGGAGAGUAGUGUAAACCUAGCCAGGAGUAGUCCUCAAGACUGGACAAAGAAAGAGACCUGUGCUCGGCAUUAUAAAUAUCAUAUUUUUUUGGUAUUCA